AUGAGCGUCGCCCUGACCCGCUCGUGCGAGCACGGAUGCGAAGACGCGGUCCUGGUGCUCCUUCAGCACGGAGCCGAGCACUCCCGCGCCAACGGCCGGGGCGAUACCCCCUUGCACGUCGCCGCGGAGGCUGGGCACCUCCGAUGCGUCGAGGCUCUGUUAGCCGCGGGAGCAGACCUGACGGCGCGGAACGGCGACGGAAAGACGCCAAUAGCGAUGUCGCGG